CAGCGCGUCCCGGGGCGCGCGGUGGUGGGAGUGCCCUCGCGGAAUUUAGAAGGCCGCCUUAACCAAUGGAGAGUCGCAACUGGCUGGCGGGGGUCCUGAUUGGAAGCCGCGGAGGCGGGGCGACGGCGGCCCUGCGUGGGAGCAGUGGCGCGGCUAGGUGGCAUCCAGGAGCCCACAGUCCGAGCCGGUCGCUGUACUUUCCGCCUACCCGACGGUCAUUAUGCCGAAGAGAAAGCACCAGAGUGGGGAGGUAUUGUAAAUAUUGAACAAGUGGAUCAAUUGUUUUCAAGAGGAGAAAGUGAUGAGGAAAUUGAAGCGCCAAGAGUUUACCAGAUUUCCUGAAGGUCCCUAUGAACUGGGAUUUCAUCCUUAGAAGUCUGAAUUUCAUUCCUAGAAGUCUGUCUCUAGAGCUUUCUUCAGAGAAUAUAGAGGGCAAAGAUGGAUCCAAAGUAACUAAACAGGAACCCACAAGACGGUCUGCCAGAUUGUCCACGAAACCUGCUCCACUAAAACCUGAACCUAAACCAAGAAAAACAUCUACUAAGAAAGAACCUGGAACAAAGGUUAACAGAGGUGCUAAGGGGAAGAAGGAAGAAAAGCAAGAAGCUGGAAAGGAAGGUACUACACCAUCUGAAAAUGGUGAAACUAAAGCUGAAGAGAUCCACAUCUCUCGCUCAGCUGUUAAUGUCUCAGCCUCCAGAAGUACCCCACCCAGCACACUGUCAGUAAAGGGGCAGAUUGAAACAGUGAGAGUUAAGGGUUCAAAAAAAAUUCUGCAUGUGUGCAGUGACUAGAAUCAGAUAGUAGUGUGGUACUUUUUGUUAUGAAGAGUGGGAAGUUUCAGGUAAGGCUUCUGUGUUGUUUGGAAAGCAGAAAGCAAUAAAUGCAGCAGAGUGUCACCAUAAUAUAUCCCUGCCUUGUCUGUUCUUUUCCCGCUGUUGAAAUAGGUUGUGCAGUAGAGCUGCCAAGUAACACAUAUUAGAAGUGUGUGUACUGGUGGGUAGACUUUUUUUGGUUAUUGUAGUUUUAGUAAUAACUGUAUCUUUUCUUUUUCUUUAUUUUUCACAGGCACAGAAAACUGAAUCUGUAGAUAACGAGGGAGAAUGAAUUGUCACAAAAAGUUGGGGGUGAUUUUAUGUACCUCUUUGGGACACCUUUUAAAAGCUAUUUUUACCAAGUAUUUUGUAAAUGCAAAUUUUUUAGGACUCUACUAGUAGACAGACAAAGUAUAUAAGGAUGAACAUUUUACCCUCUCAUAGUCAUGCUUUUUGGAAGUUUUCAUUAUUAUCAAGUAAAAUAAAUACUAUCUUAAUAUUGGAAGCUGUGUAUAAAACUGAUUGAGCAGUCCAUGCACUUGCUUUAAGAAUUUAGUCCUGUGCAUACUGUGAUGUUUUUACUGUGCGUAUUUGAAUUUUUCAUGCAAUUUUUCUAGAGCAAUAAUCAGUGGUGCUUUUGUACCUAGGUUUUAUGCAAUUUUAAUGAAACAUGGAUAGUUGUGGCCACCUGCUGACUAUUUUUGGUUUAAAAUAAAAGGUUUUCUUGUCUGCAAAA